UGUGAAGUCAGAAAUAAAUGAAAAAUAUGAUUUUUACAGACAAAGGCAAAGAUUUUACAAGAGAUGGAAGGUUUCAGAAGGUCACAGAGAGACGUUUUCUUUGUUCCCGUAGGAAAUUUAGAUCUGGAUUUCAUAAAUACAAUGGCAGCUUGUUGUGACGGCAUGCUUCUGGAUCAUACGUAUGGGACACGGUUCUCAAGAAGACAGCUUUUGACAAGGCAGCUGGUCGAUCCAUUUGGCAUGAUAACGGACGAGUUUCCACAGCUUUCUAAGGAAGACAUGAAGGAUAUGAGGAAUAUACAGGAAAGAUUCAAACAUCACAUAGAAGAACAUGCUGAAAUUGUUGUUGACUGCGUACACAUGUACGAGGAGAAAACUAGCACUACAUUACCGGAAAUUGGUUUGCCGCGUGCGAACGUGGUCCCAAAUUGGAAAUACAAUAACCCAAGAUGGCAAUGGUCCUGGGACAGUGAUAGGCCACGACGGUGA